UUUCAACAUAAAGGCGCCUGGUAGUUAGGUAAACAUCUAUUGAAGCUAUAAUGAUGCGGUAUAAUGAAGACUUUAAGCGACUCCUCUUCCUUCGCGCCUAUUACCAUCACGUCUUUGGCGACUGGAUAAUCGCAGCCUAAAAAUAGCUUCAGCUGAAAUCGCCAGGGCGCUUAACGCAUCCUGAAAGCUGAAAAUGGCCCCCAACGUGUUCCAUCUCGUCUCAAGGCUCGCUCUCUACUUUUUUUAAAAACUAUCACUGCCUGUGCAAUACUAUGUUUCGGGGGCUUUUUGACUAUAAUUAUAAUAUUUUCGGUGUCGGUGAGAAUGGUAGAAUAUAAAAGAAUUGGAAAUAAUUGGUAUGGACGACGGCGCAACUGUUGAACUUCAACCUCUCUGCGGAACAUCAGACCAGCAAUUCGACGAUCGUAUUCAACAACCGUCAACAAUGCCAGCGGCAGGCGGCACAAUCUACGAUGCUCUACCAUUGCCUGCGCGGUCUAAGUUUAUCAGGGUCUUAGACAUCAAAGGCUCCGCCAACUUGGAGGAUCCUCUCAUUAGUUAUAUACAGGUAAUUUCUUUAGAUCGGGUCUUCGACAACCCCUUCACUGCCCUCUCCUAUGUGUGGGGAGGCUAUUCUACCCCAAAGGACACCAUCCAAUGUGGAACGGAUAGGAUACCAAUCACCACGAAUUGCAGAGAUGCGCUGCGACAGUUGCGGAUGAAUACUAAAGGCAAGCUGACCAUAUGGGUCGAUGCUAUCUGUAUCAACCAAGGGAAUGACAGAGAAAAAGAAGACCAAAUACCCCUCAUGGGGGAGAUUUACAGUCGAGCGGAGAUGGUCUACAUCUGGCUCGGCAACGGCUCUCUCGCAAGCAAACGCGCCAUAUCUUGUCUUUCUCUAGCAGCGCAGCGCAACUACUUGCCUCUGGAUCCAGAUAGCGUCGACAGAAAGGCGAGCCGGUCCGAUAGAGCUAAAUUCGCUCUAAAAUUACUUCCUCCAUAUAUCUUCUUUAAAUCCUAUUACAAUGGCUGGAAAGAAUUCAGACUCCGGCGCGCUUAUAAACCUGAAGACUUCGAGGAGCUCCUCGGCAGAGAUUGGUUCUCAAGAGCCUGGACAUUCCAAGAGAUAAUCCUGGCUCGCAACUCAGUUUUCGUAUGCGGCUCUGAUUCUCUCCCGUGGAUCGAGUUUAUGAGGGGAUUUGGAAGCCUGUAUAAUAGCUCCAGAGCGAGAACCAUAACCCCGGUUACGAGGCUCACUCACUACAGCAAUGCGCAUAAUGUCGUUGUUCUCGAAAAAGAACAGCAGACGCCGUCAACACGCUAUCUUCCAGACACAUUUCGAGCUUUUGAACGAGUUGUACGGCUGUGGACGGGCACUUCGAGGUCGUGGGCAGGGCUUAGAGACAGACCGAUAGACUCCGGUCCAUGGACAGAAUCAUUUUACCAUUUUCAAGAAUCCUACAUCAAUCUCCACGAUUCUCUCCUCCCGCACUCCACGCUCGGAAGAAUUUACUAUUCUCUCACAAGUUUCGGGUCCCUUCUAUUUAUAUUAAUCCCUCCUCUCGCAGUCCUAAUUUACCUCGACAACACACGACCUUCUAAAAACGCAGACACGGCUUUAGGCACAUGGGCCUUUAUCACGGCUCUCCUCCUCUUAGCCCAGUACAUAUUAACGCGCUGGUCCUGGUGGUGGCUCCCGCGGAAAGGAUCAUUCGGCGAAGCCGACGAAUACAGCGACACACGCAUCACACGCACCCUCGUCGAAGGCGUCAUACAGACGCUCAGACAGCGCCAAGCCACGAACCCGAAAGAUCGAGUCUUCGCGCUUUACGGUGUGCUAGAGCGAUCUGGGCUAAGCGAUCUGCCACGGCCUGACUACAGCAAGCCCCAAGGAAUAAUCUACCAUGAAUUUUUCCAAGACAUAAUGAGAUGGCAGAAAUCGAGCAUGACCUUGCUACUCGACGCCGGAGCGAGAUUGAAGGACAACCCAGAUAUGCGCGACGCCCCGAGCUGGGUACCGGACUGGAGCAGCCCGCUUCCCGAGCCCACGGUUUCCGCGAAUUUCUUCCUGAGCGGGAAAGACAGGAAGUUUGAUGCCACGCCGGGGGUCGAGGAGUACGUACGGUUCACCGCGAAGCCAAACGAGCUCGUCAUUCGCGGGCACUGGGACGGCUCUAUCACCUACGUGACCGACGUGUUCCACGCGGUGCCCAACAACCUCAUGUACAACGACAUCCUGCAGUAUUUGGCGGCACCUCGCGGCCCCAUCGCCUCCUUCAUAGACUGGACGUGCAUCGUCGCGUUUACCUCGCGCCCGCUACGCCCCCGCGUCUCGAUGUUUCAAACCAGCGGCGCCACGUACACAGCCCUCACCGGCAAACGCAGCCUGACCACGACGGUCCUGGAACCCGGCGACGACGCGGAUCUCUUCGACGCGUACUUCGCGCUCACGCAACAGACGGCCACAUACGGCACCAGCGAAACCUUCUGCGCGGUAGAGAAAGUGCUCGACGUGUUCGCGUGGUCGAGGGAGAGCUACGGCGUCGAGAAUUGCAACUCGUACGAGGCCCGCAUAGGCACGGCACGGGCUCUAGGUCGCGAUACUAAGGUCCUGAAGACUUUCAUCGAGCUCGUUAACGAUCUCGCGCGCAAUGAGCGACGGUUGUUCGUAGCGUCGGAGAACGUCGUGGGGUGCGGGUCCAAGGGCGCAGCGGUGGGAGAUCGGCUUGCCCUCGUGGCUGGGUUGCCGGCACCGCUCGUGCUGAGGCCGACGGAUCCGAAGGUGAAGAACUGGUUCAACGCAGACUAUGAAGUCAUAUGCUCUGCGUUCGUCGCACCUUGGAUGGAUGGCUCGGCUUGUCGGGCUGGGGAUAUGAACGAGAUCAGGCUAGUUUAAUGAAGGACGGAGUUAUAGCGGCCGUACUUACGACGCUGCGGACUGAGAAAUGAGUUAUGACUAACAUUUUCUGCGAGGCUUUUAGCAUAGUCGGCCCCGACAAUAACGAUUUGACGACAGGAAGGUGCCGGGCGUACAUGAUAUUGGACCGAAAAGGCCCCUGACCCGAUUGAGCGGAUCAGUCUAGGAUUGGAUGGGAUUGCGGCUCACUUGAGCAAGAUGUAUUAUUAUUUCCACCAAACUCGCUUGACGGGAUGCGUUCUGUAUGAAUAGGUUCUCCGGGGAGAUCGGGUUGGCAUGCGACCCCUGAAUCGUGUAACCAACAUGAAAGGCGCUAUACUGAACAUCGUAUGAGAUUUCACCAACAUCACAUCUGACCCA